UUCCUCACAAAUUCCCGCCACUGAAGACGAUCCCCCUUCUUCCAGCCCUCAAUCCACUGGGUCCGCGUCUCAUCAUCAAACUCGUGGACGACACCGCCGGCAAGCUUCUCCGGCCACCGCGUGUGUGUCGUCGCACAAAACUUGCGGUGGCGAAGCCUACGCCCUUCCCCGGCGUCGGCGCCAUGGCGUUCACGCUGUACCCCACCAAGUCCUCGACGCGCGCGCCCUGGAGCACCAGCUUCUUCCGCCACAAGUUCCCGGCCGCCGCGACCUCCUUCUGAUCAGGCUAGCUCCGGCCGCCGGCGACCUCCGAGUUUCUAGAGGAGGUGGAGGAGCAUACAUACGUACACCGAUACACGUGAGUGUGCGCGUACAAAGAAUCAAAGAUACGUUGUUUCUUUACUUCGUUGUUAGUAAAAUUGGCACAUACAACAUGGACCCCGGGCGCAACAUGAUCAGCUCCGCGGUGCCAUUCCGCGCCGCCGGCGAAGGCGGCGCACAGGUGUUUCUCUUUGGCGGCGGCGGCGGCUUCCUUCGAGGCGCGCCGGUGGUGGGGGCCGCCGGGGCGGCGGACGGCUGGCGGCGCAAGCGGCCGUUCCAGCUAACGGCGCACGAGGAGCUGCAGCUCCAGCUCGAGCUCGGAGACGAUGAGCUGGCCGGCUUCGACUACGAGCUGCACGGUGGGCCGCAGGAGCGGACGAAGCGCCGGCUGACGGCGGAGCAGGUUCGGGAGCUGGAGCUGAGCUUCGAGGAGGAGAAGCGGAAGCUGGAGCCCGAGCGGAAGAGCGAGCUGGCGCGGAGGCUGGGUAUCGCGCCGCGGCAGGUGGCCGUGUGGUUCCAGAACCGCCGCGCGCGCUGGAAGGCCAAGCAGCUUGAGCAGGACUUCGACCGCCUCAGGGCCGCCCACGACGAGCUCCUCGCCGGCCGCGACGCGCUUCUGGCCGACAACGACCGCCUCCGGUCACAGGUAAUCACGCUGACUGACAAGCUGCAAGCCAAGGAGUCGUCGGUGCCAGCCUCUGCUCUGCAAGCGGCAGCCUACGCUCCUUUCGAGCAAGAUCAGCUCUGCACCGAGACCGCCAUCACAGGCGGAGCGGCGCCGGCGGCGGGCUACACAGGGGGAGCCGGCGACAGCCCGGAGUCCUACUUGGCCAGCGCGCGCUCGCCACCUUCGUCAUCAGAGGACGACUGCGGUGGCGGCGACGGUGACGGCGGCGCCUUCUUCCUCCCCGACCCCGACGCGCUGCUCGCCGCGGCUGCCGAAGAGGACGGGGCGCAGCUCAGCAACUGGGCAUGGCUGUGGAACGAGCAGCAAUAUUAACCUAGCUAGUGUUUCAUUACACUGUAUAAAUUUGGGUUUUGCGUAUUCCUGGUAUUGAUACGGUAUCUUCUGAUGAUAAAUUAAAGCUUUAUUACACUGUUCACUAUCA